CUUCGUUCCUCAAUCCAUGGCCGACGACAUAGUCCUUCCUAUUCCUAAUCUUUCGGUUGCUCAAAACGUUUUUAUUCUGUCAACUCCGUCUCUUAGUCGACUACAUGAUGAGGCGCGAGAAAAGGCUAUAAAAGCUAUAAAGGAAGACCAAAUGGCACCUUACUAUGCAGCUGUUACAGCCAAAUCCAUACUCCCGAUCGACUCUGCUCUUCUCUCCUCAAUGCAAGAAUCCAACGAGGCCACCCUCAAAUCACUAGAUGAAGCCUUACAGUCGGCGGAAGCAACUGAAGGGGAAUCCGAGAUUUCUGACGCUCUCAAGGCUCGUGCCAAUUUCUUGACACGGGUAGGAGAGAAAGACAAGGCAGUUGAUGCCCAAAAGCUGGCGUUAGAGAAGACCCCCGGUCUUGGAAGUAGAAUUGACAUUGUGUUAACUUUGGUCAGAAUUGGGUUCUUCUGGAAUGAUGAAUCUCUGGCCGUUUGGGGUCUUAACAAGGCGGAGAAGCUAAUAGAGGAAGGUGGCGAUUGGGAUCGUCGAAAUCGACUGAAGGUUUAUCAAGGCUUACAUUUACUUUCCAUAAGGCAAUUUAAACGGGGAGGAGAGCUCUUUUUGGAUGCUCUCUCGACAUUCACCGCGAUAGAGCUUCUGGAAUAUAACGAUUUCGUUGCUCUGACUGUUCUCGCGGGGACUCUGACACUGAACAGAGUGGACUUGAAGAAGAAGUUGAUCACUGCACCAGAAAUCAACCAAUCCCUUCCUGAGAUACCCACUCUCGGUGACUUGGUGAAAAACCUGUACGAAUGUCAUUACGAUAAGUUCUUCAGAGCGUUAGCUAUUGUGGAACAAACUAUGCUUCUUCCCUCCAGAGUCCUUUCACCCCAUGCUCGUUUUUAUGUACGGGAAAUGCGCAUUCUGGCAUAUGCACAACUUCUCGAAAGCUAUCGAAGCUUGACCCUAGAGAGUCUAGGUCAAGCAUUUGGUGUCAGUGUUGACUUCGUAGAUAGUGAACUAUCUCAUUUUAUUUCAACCGGUCGUUUGCAUGCAUCGAUAGACAAAGUGCAUGGUGUUGUAGAGACGACGAAGACUUCAGAAGCAUGGGGCAAGAAAACCUUGCAGUUUGAACAAGUCAUUCGGCAAGGCGAUGUACUACUCAACGAAAUCCAGCGUUUGAGUAAAGUGUUGUAUUAGUAUAAACAGUCUUUCGUGCAUAGUGGCACUCAGAACGAAGUUUUAGUUUUAAUGUGCUCUGGCAGAA